UUAAAUCUAUAUUCUGUAGGUUUUAAAACGUAUAGUUACAUUCCUGCAAACUAAAAUGAUGAAACUUGUUCUCGUAAUAAUAUUUGCGGUCUUACCCGUCGUGUUUGCUUGUACGUGCGAGUUUAUGCAACCGCAAGAGAAAAUAUGCCACGACGACUUCGUUGGCAUUAUCGAGAUUCUAGCUGAGGACAUUAGAAGCAACAUAUUUCCGGGUGUUAUGGCAAGAGCAAAGAUAGUAAAGGUUUUCAAAGGAAAAUACCAAGAUUUUCGACCAAAUGACAUGAUUUAUAUUUACUCGGAUCCGGGUAGUUGUCUAUUAGAUGUGUGGUCGGGAAAACAAAUUAUUUCUGGCAAAACUUACAAUGGGGGAGUGAAAAUGGACCGAUGUUCGUUUCGUGAAUUGUUCGAUUAUUUCACUCCACAACAAAUCGAAGCAAUCGACUCUCAUAUAAGAAGUAAUGCUUACGACCGAGGAUGCAGCGCUUGUAAAAUUAAGAAGCAAUAUGACUUUAGCAUGUCAAAAGACAACGAGUGCCGGGAUGUGUACGAGUUUCCUGUGCAGACAUCUGCGUGUGUGGCUGGCAAUGACGGUACAUGCGGAUGGGUGGAUGUGUCACAACGUAGAGUUCAACUGCCGGGUCCCCAUGACUUCACCACACGAAACCCGGGCACUGCACCUACUGAGUUCGCAAUUCAUGACCCAACACCUACGCCAGUUACAAGGCAAAAUACAAAUUCUGCUACAACACAAAGUACAAUUUCUGCUACAACGCAAAUUUCACCUACAACAGCACAACCAUCUACAACAGAAUCAACGACAAUGCCAGUCACACAACCAAGUACGUCUGAAAGUACAACAACAACACCUAUACGGAUAAGAACACAGUCAACUACAGCAACUGUACCACCUACAACAACAGCGACAACAACAACAACAACAACAACGAGUCCUAAAACAACCACAGCAACAACAACAACAACGCCUACAACAACAUUAAGAACAACUACAACUACAGUAAGAUCCACAACACAAGUAAAACGAACCUGGAUACAGCACGUACGCGUAGCAGUAAGAUGGCCGACGUUCCAGUUUCGUAAGCGCUCAUAAAACUGUGUCUUUAACUUUGUAAUUAUUUAUUUUGCUUUAUAUUUACUGUAGGCUGGGGUAAGAUGAUACGUGUUUUCACUUUAUUUUACUCCAUUUGGUAAAAAAACAACGACUAUUUAGAGUUUUUAGUUAAUUAAAAAACGAAUAUGAAAUGUGGGAAAUAUUAUAGUAUCCAUCUUACCCCACGGUACUAUAUUUUGUUUUUUUUUACAAGUUUUGCCAGUGGUACUUUGUAUUCUCUGUCGAUUUUGUUUUGUCAUUUAUUUUAUCUUGUUGUUUUAUGUAUUUUAUAAAAUGUAAAUUAAAGUUUUUUUAAUUUUAUAAACACUCGAGCGUUUUUUAAAUCCUAAUUAUUUAUAUUUAAACUUUGCAAAGUAAUUUUUAACGAUAAAACAUUCUAAACGCCCUGUUUUCCAUCAAACUGUCAAGAACGAGGAUUAUCAAAAUGAAUGAUAUAUAUGGCGCAGCAACGUACACCUCACACUAACGAUGUUAGGAAACUAAAAAAUUAAAUUGGCCCUACCGAAAAUUAAAUUGAUUUAUGUUUUUUAUUUAAAUCUAAGGAAAUUGAAUUGUGUUUUUUAUUUCGCUUCUAUUUUGUAUGAAAUAUUUUAUUAUACCGUGUUUGAAAUUAUGUGCCUCGUGUACAGUUUCUCACUUUUAAAGUUCAUUAAAUCUAUACAGUUGA